UUGUCGUCCCGACAACCCGGGAGCGUUUGUCCUCACAACCCGGGAGCGUUUGUCCUCACAAUCCGGGAGCGUUUGUCCUCUCAACCCGGGAGCGUUUGUCCUCACAACCCUGAGCUCCGACUUGGCCGACUACGGAGGUAGUGUCUGCCUCAGCAUGGGUCCCAAAGCAAAAAAGUCUGGCAGUAAGAAAAAGAGAAUCACCAAAGCUGACCGGUUGAAGCAGCUACAAGAGGAGGAGGAGAAACGACAAAAGGAGGAAGAGGAAGCCCGUGUGAAAUACAAAAAAGAAGAAAUGGAAAGACUUGAAAUACAACAAACUGAGAAAGAAAAAUUGCGAAAACUUGAAGCAAAAGAUCUAGAAAGAAGAAAUGAAGAGCUUGAAGAACUUUAUUUAUUAGAGGCAUGUUUUCCUGAAGCAGAGAAAUUGAAACGAGAUAGUAGAUUGCUUUCUCAGUGGAAACACUACAUUCAAUGUGAUGGGAGUCCUGAUCCUUCAAUAUCCCAAGAAAUUAAUACUUUUAUUAGCUUGUGGAAAGAGGAAACCAAUGAGACUUUUGAGGCAGUGACUGCGAAGAGUAAACUAGUGCUAAAUUUGAUUGAGAAAUUGAAGUUAAUUUUAUUGGAAACUCCAUCAUAUGAUUUGCAAGAGAAAAAUAUAAUACAGUACCAAGGAUCAAUUCUAGAACUGCAGGAGCUCCUUCAUCUUAAGUUUAACAUAGCCACAGAAAUACUUCUCAGACAAGCUAGUACUUUAGCAGAUCUGGACAGUGGAAACAUGGAAAAAAUCAUCCGGGAUGAAAAUGUUACUCUAUAUGUAUGGGCAAACCUCAAGAAGAAUCCAAGGUACAGAAGUAUCAGAUUCUCUGAGACACAAAUUGGAUUUGAAAUUCCAAGGAUAUUAGCAACAUCUGACAUUGCUCUACGACUCCUACAUACUCACUAUGAUCAUGUCACGCCAUUAGGCCCUGUUCCAACAGCACCACAAGAACACACGUCCAUGGUAACUUACUUUGGCAAAGAUGAAGUUAAGAGUGUAGAAGCAGCAGUCAGCAAAGAUCUCCAAGAAGAGCAUAAAGAACAAGAAAAUGAGUCUAACUCAGUUCAUGAGGAAGAAACAAAAGUUGACGAACAAGGUGGUAUUGAAGGACAAACGAGUUCUGUCCAGGAAGAACCUGAAGCCACAAAAUAUGAACUGGAGAUGAAAUUAUUAAGUGAAACAGUUUCAGCAGCGCAGUUGUUGCUGUUAGAGAAUGCCCCUGAAAAGCCAUAUUUCUCUGAAGAAAAUGAGGUUGAUUUAUGCCAAUUCACAGCUCUGGGUGGAGUGCACCACUUGGAUAUUUUGGAGCUUCCUCCACAGUGUAAACCAAGGAAGGGCUGGAUGAUUGUGGAAAUACUCAAAGAAGGAUUACAGAAAUAUACAUAUCCUCCAGAAACUGCAGAAGACUUUGAAACAGAAAACGCUUUCCCACCCAUAGAGGUCAUGCUUGAGGUUCAUGAGAACGUAAUCUUUUUUGAGAAUCCUGUGGUUGCAAGGUGGGAUGCUGAAGGUAAACACUGGAAAACUGAUGGCAUCAGCAAUGUAUCUUACAAAUCGGAAGACAGACUUAUAACAUUCAGCCUGGAAACUUUGGGCCCUGUUACCUUGAUUCAAGAUGCUCAUGUUAAUAUGCCAUACCAGUCAUGGGAGCUAAGACCACUUGAUGUGAAUAAAGUACUUCUGACUGUGACUACAGUAUUUACUGAGAUUCAAAUACAAAUUAAGGAAAACCUCUGCAUGUUAGCGUCAAUCAAACUAAAUAACAAAAAGCAUUCAUCUAUUUUGGAAGAAAAGUGGAUGACUCCUGUUUCUUUCAUUAUUGCUUUGAAAGAAGCUGGACUGAAUAUCUUCCCUACUGGACACUCUCACUUUUAUGUUGUCAUAAACUAUAAGCUUCCUUUGGUAGAAGUGAAAGCUUAUCGACAAAUGGCCCUGCUAAGUUCUGCUUUUGCGUUUGGCUGGAGCAAGUGGAAUACAGUAUGUGAUUCUAAAAAAGUUGUGUUUCAGGUGAGGGAACACCUUCCUAAAGAAGAACCCAUUCAAAAUCCUAAUUGGACCCUUUUAAUGUUUAGUGGUGAUAGGGCACAAAGUCUCAAAAUCAAUGAAUCCAGUGAUGCAUUCUCUGAAGCCCUUAAAGAAGAAACUGAGUUUCAUUCUACUUUAUAUCACAUGGUUAAGGAUUUUGCUUCUAAAGAAGCAAUGAAGAAAGUUAGGUGUUCCAACUGCCAGUUUGUUGACUCUGUAUGCCACAUGCUACUCUCAACUAGAUUACUCAGCUAUUCUUAAUCCCCACUGAUAAAUUUUAUUCAGUAUGAAGAAUGAAGCAACUUGGAGAAAAAUCCGGUAUUUCUACAAUAAAGUGUAAUGAGUGAAUAUAUGUCAAAUAGGCUGUUAAA